CGGCCGUGGGGUUGAUAAGUGUUCGUUCCAUCUAGCCACCAUACCCUAAUGGCUUCCUUGCGCUUAUCCGCUUUAGCACUGGUCUCAGCCAUCGUUGCUGUCCUUGCCAGCCUCUUCGACGUCCAACAGGCUCAACACGUCCUUGAGCCAUAUCUCCCGUCUGUUCUCAAAAGCAGUCCACCGACGGUUGUGCUUCCACAAGGAAAAAUCGUGGGCAAGACCCUCACUGGAGAAUGGCCGCAGAAGAUCGAGGCUUUUCGCGGAUUUCCCUACUCCCUCCCGCCCACUGGACCUAGGAGAUUCAGGCCAUUAGAGCCUCUUUUCACCUCCAACAGAACUUUCGAUGCCACCGACUAUGGCUUUGUGUGUCCGCAGAAAUCUUUCCGCGGUCCUACUAUCAAGCCCUACAAUGAGGACUGCUUGACUGUCAACGUCUUUCGCCCUGCGGGCACCAAUAGCUCAGCUAAUCUUCCGGUCGCACUCUAUGUCCAUGGCGGCGCUUUUAACCGUGGAUUUGCAGCCAUGGAGGAUCUUCCAUCUAUGGUUGGCUGGUCAGACGCUCCCUUCAUCGGCGUGAGCUUCGCCUACCGCGUCGGAGCCUUGGGGUUCCUGCCAUCAGGGCUCACAGAGAAAGAAGGACUGCUAAACCUGGGCCUCCGUGAUAUGUUUUUCUUCUUCAACUGGUUCAGGGAGAACAUCGCCGAAUUCGGUGGCAACCCCGACGACGUCACUGUUUUCGGCCUCAGUGCUGGUGCGCACGCUAUAGGUCACAUGGUCAUGGACACUGAUGAGCCGUUCUUCCAGCGCGUCAUCAUGGAGUCUGGGGGUCAUACUGCUCGCGCUGUCCAUAAGCCAACGGCCCCGUUGCAUGAAGCUCAGUUCAUGGAAUAUCUUGAAGCGGCUGGCUGCAGCGAUGUCCCGGAUCAUGCUGUCUUUGACUGUUUGCGAGAGACGCCGGCUGAUGCGCUCUUCAAAGCUUCUUUCGAUGUCUUUGACGCUUAUAACCCGUCUCUUCGAUGGGCUUUCCAGCCUGUGAUUGAUGGCGACAUCAUCAAACGCAGGCCAACAGAAUCGUGGCAGACGGGCAACUGGCACAAGAUUCCGAUCCUCACUGGGUUCACGACCAACGAGGCGGCUUCCUACGUCCCGAGUUCACUGGAUUCCCCUGAGGAUUUCCCCGACUAUUUCAAAACCUUACACCCGGACCUGACAAAUUCCGACAUCAAAGAGCUGUCCAAGCUCUAUCCCGACCCUUCUAAAGACGCCGCGUCACCUUACCUCGAUACUCGGCCUGUUUCAGUUGGGAAGCAAUUCAAGCGCGCCGAAGCCGCUUACGCUCACUACGCCUACGUUUGCCCAGUUCACUCCACCGCCUACCACGCCUCAUCCGGGCAAGAUGCACCGGUGUACAUGUACCACUGGGCCGUCAACCGCACCGUCCUUCAAGGCGCCAAUCACGGUGACCAGAAGUGGUACGAGACGUACGAAGACUCCGAGCGCCGCAGGUUUUCGUCCUUCCAAGAGAGGCUGGCUGGCGAGGUCCAUGCUUAUUGGACGAGCUUCAUCACCCAGAAAGGUGAUCCGAAUGCGCUUGGGGGAAGGUUUGCUGAUAGACCCAGGUGGGAGGCUUUUAAGAAGGGUGAGAAUGAGAAGCUCAUGGUCUUUGGUGAAGGCAAUGAUGAGAUGGCUGGUGGUACGGGUGUUGGGGUUACUUCGAAGAUGAUCGAUGAUACCUGGGCUUUGAAGGAGUGCGAGUGGUGGUGGUCAAAGGGCAAAAAGCUUCAUCAAUAAUCUUGAGCUCCGGGUCGGUUGUCGGCUGAAUCUUGAUCGCACAUUUUAAAUAGAAAAUUCGACAGACGAUGAAGGCAUGAUUGAACGCAAGGGGUUAAGAGAGGGUAGAUAAAAAGCUUUCAGGGGGUUUCGACAUGAGCUGUACAUCGAUAGCGGUGUAGAAUAUCUGAAUCCAGACAUCUCGGAC